AUGAGUCAGACAAUUAAAGAUGAUCAAAAAUCCGUUAAAAGUUUAUCAACUUUACCUUCAGAUGUGGAUCUGAGUAUGGAAGGUUAUCAAGACAGUUUACAUGAACAAGUUAAGAAUAAUUACCAGAAGGAUGUUCCUUUGGACUUAAGAACUGUCACUAAUGAAGCCGUUUCAAGACAGUUAAGUCGAAUACAAUCGCGGUUAUCAUCAAUUCAUACAAGAGAUGGAGAUGAAGUUCUUGAUGAAGAAGCUACUGAUCCUGAGAAACAGUUGGAAACAGUCAAUUCUAGAGCUAAAUUCGACAGAUUUUCAACAAAGACUAAAUAUAUUUGUUUAGGUAUUGCUUCAAUGUCGGGAUUUUUAUCACCUUUAAAUUCCUUAGCUAUUUUACCUGCUAUUCCUGAAAUUGCAGAUACUUUCAGUACAACCACUGAAGUUAUUAAUAUUUCAAAUGCUAUUUAUUGUAUCUUUAUGUCAUUGUCACCAUGUUUAUUUUCACCAUGUAGUGACAUUUAUGGAAGAAGACCGAUGUUUUUCAUUUGUUGUGUGUUAUAUUGUAUUUCUAAUAUUUUGGUUGCAGUAUCACAAAAUUUAGCUAUGUUUUUCAUUUUCAGAUGUGCUAGUGCUUUAUUUGGUACAUCAUUUUUCAGUAUCGGUGGACAUAUUGUUAGUGAUAUUUAUCAUCCAGAUCAAAGAGGAAGAGCUAUUGCAUUUAUCAUUUUAGGAGCUCAAUUAGGUACAGGUUUUGGUGCAUUUUUAGGUGGAGUUAUUGUUAAUUUUACUUCUUGGAGAGUCAUUUUAUGGGUUAUGAUGGGUAUUGGAGCUGCAGUUUUAGCAAUUGCCAUUUUUUUCUUACCAGAAACCGCUCUUAAGACCAAACAUGCAGUAAUUAUUGAAGAAAUGAGGAAACUUGAACCAAAAAGAAAAUUUGUUUUCGUUCCAUUCAAUCCUUUUAAAAUUAUGACAGCUUUAAAAUAUCCAAAUCUUUCAAUUGAUGGAUUUAUUGCAAUUGCAACUGUUUAUACAAUGUUUAUGUUACAAACUCCAAUUAGAGAAGUUUUAGAACCAAGAUUUGGUUUAACCAAACCUUUAUAUUCAGGGUUAUUUUAUUUAUCUCCAGGUUUUGGUUAUUUGGUUGGUAGUUUCAUUGGAGGUCCUUGGGCUGAUCAUGUGGUUAAAAAAUAUACCAAAAUUAAAGGUAGAAGAAUUCCUGAAGAUAGAUUAAGAACUGUUUUAAUACCUUUAGGUAUCAUUUAUCCUGUAAGUACCUUAAUUUAUGGAUGGACAGUUCAAUACGAAAAGGGAGGUAUGGCUGUACCUAUUAUUUUUUUAUUCUUUGGAGGAGUUUCACAAACUUGUAUUUUCCCAGCAUCAAAUGCUUAUUGUAUUGAUUCAAUGCCUGAAUUAGGAGGUGAUGGAAUUGCUUCAAGUUAUUUCUCAAGAUAUAUUGCUGCUGCUGUUGCCUCAGCUACUUGUCUUAGAAGUAUCAAUACUAUAGGUCUUGGCUGGACUUGUACUAUUGCUGCAUUCAUUUUAUGGGCUGCCACAGCAUGUGCUUUGAUUUUGAUUUAUUUCGGUGAGAAAUUAAGAAUCAAUGCAUUAAUUAGAUAUGGACUUCGUGAAAAAGAUGAAUUUGUGGAGGAAAAGGAUUAA